ACAUUCCGUGUACAAGUCGAAAGAUUCAGUCACGGCAGAUAGCCAGCACUUUUCAUGUCAUCACUGACGCAAAAUCCUACCAAAACUUUUUCCACUGGGGAUUUCAGUUGCAGUCUGCUUUGACAACGCUUUUGCCUACCAGUAAUACGUUCCACAAAUUACACUCUGUUUUUCUCUUUGUCGUAGCUUUUUCUCCUUUUUUGACCGAUAAGUUAACUACACAGUGUGUAAUAAUUUUAUUUUUCACUGUAUUAAAGCAUCUUCCAGCAUCCCUAUAUUUUAACUCAAACCAUGCAAAAAAUUGCUCCGAGCUCUUCUCAGCUGUUUAACUGGGAUGAAUGCCCCCUGGAUUUUAGCCGACGCGGCUUUCGUAGAAUAUCAUCUUCACCAAAUGCCCUUUCGCGAACUCUUUUGUGCCCAGUCCCCCGUAUUCCUGCUUGCAACGUCCCUAAGCCACUGCAGGAAUGUCCAAACGUUAACGCUGCUACAGUGGGCGAAGGAUUUCGCAAUACUUUGCCAAUGUGGUUUUUCUGGAUGCAGAGAGAAAGACAAUCGUUGUUGUCCACUUUAUCGUUAACUUCACCAGUGAAUUUUCCUUACUGCGGCAAUCCAAACUUGUACAACAUCUACAACCAACUGGCCGGUUGCUCACAUUUCGGCAUGUCACGUGGACUGUUUCCGGCAAUGGAUGGCGAUCUCCUGGGUACAAUGGAAGAAGGCGGAAUUCUGCUGCGUCCUGAUCGCCAUUUUCCCUGUAUGCACUGCGGCAAAGCAUUCAAAAGGUCAUCCACACUAGCCACACACCUUCUGAUACACUCCGACACCAGGCCUCAUGCGUGCGAAUUCUGUGGAAAACGAUUUCAUCAGAAGUCUGAUAUGAAGAAACAUACCUACAUACACACAGGAGAGAAGCCGCAUAAAUGCGUCGUAUGUCUCAAGGCGUUCAGCCAAUCGAGCAAUCUCAUCACUCACAUGAGAAAGCAUGCGUCUUAUAAGCCGUUUCCUUGCGACAGAUGCGGUGACGCUUUUCAGCGGAAGAUCGAUCUCAAGCGUCAUAAAGAAAAUAUUCACGGAUCUCUGACCACAAAAUAAAAGUACAUGUACCAAUCGACCCCGCCUUUUACUCUUAAAUCUACUCCAAAAUUUAGUAAGUAUUGUUCCUUCAUGAAGUAUUGUACAUAAAUUUGACUGCUAAGUUCACAACUGAAGAAAACCAAACUACAAAGCCAUGUUGAGAAAGAGUUCAAUUAACAGAAGAAUUCAUUGUACCGUCAAAUAUAAUUUUUUUGGUUCCGCGGCGAAAUAAUGUAUAGGUAUAAGUCACUAAUUAUUAUGCACUAUUACUGAUGUUGAUUUUUAUUUUACCAUUCGUCUUUUCACAGAAGUACUGACUACUUCUGUUCCAAUAAUUACAGUGAAGUUUCUGCUUUGGUUAAUAUAUCGACCGAUAUAUGUCUGUCUGAACGUUAAAGCAAAAUGGUUAGCGGUGUCUUUUAAACGUGUCGUGUUGGUUGAUAAAA